CGAGCGGCGCAGAGCCCCGUGCCCGAGGAGCGGCCCGGACUGGCGGCCGCGCUGGGUUCAGCGGACGGCGCUGCAGGGCGAGAGAUGAUGGCCUGACAGUCCCCUGGUGGGAGUCCACAGGCUAUGUUCUCCCUGUGCGACGCCGACUCUGACAUCGCUGCUUGGCUGGCCACCAUCCAUCUGGAGAGAUACCAGGAAACCUUUAAGCAGCAUGGGUACCAAGUGGCCAGAGAUGCAGCCUCCCUAGGCAACGAAGACCUGCAGCGGAUCGGCAUCACUGCCACAGGGCACCGCAAAAGGAUCCUGAAUCUGGUGCAGCAGACGCAGCUGUUGGUGCAAGACAAAGGCAGGCCCAUGGCAGGAGAUGCCUGUGCCAAGCCUGCCACAUGUACAGGGCCCCUGGAUGUGCCCAAAGUGUGCCAAGCAGGCAAGGAGAACAAUGGGACAAGUACUGCUAAUGGAGCUCCAGUAGCAGCCAUUGAUGGGCUUGGGAACCACCAGUGCUCAACUAGCCCCAGCCAAAACCCACCUCUGGAGAUGGAGCCUGCUCCACCCAUUGCCAAGCCAGUACCCAAGCCCAGGACGUUCUUCCAACGCCCUAGCCCAGCAGCAAGGCCAGAGCAGGGCCUGGUGCCCACGCCGCUGGCACGGACAUCAGUGCCAACACGCAAACCUGGCUGUGAGGGGCCUUCUGCUGCUUUCAUUGUACACGAGGGGUUUGUGCCAGGGGAAAGUUCCAUGGAUCUUGGGCGCUCAGAGUUCACCCUGGAGCAGCAGGCCAGCUCAGGAGAGGGAGGCUCAGCGGGCCCCCAGACACUCCAGCCUGCGGGGAAGGAGAGUGUUCUGGAGCCUACGCCAGCACCCCGGGCUGGGUUGGCUGAAGUGGGUUUGGAUGAUAUGAAGUUCCAGGCUGGGUGUGGAAAAUCCUCUCCUUCCACCCCCGGCAUCUCUCCAUGCCUCAGCCAUGGGAUCCAGCCAGCUGAUUGCAGCCCCGCGAGCCUAGGGGUGAGCCACUCGCCGUGUAGCUUCCCACUGUCUGCUCCAACCAGCCCUGCUGCCAGUGCGCAGAGAGAGCCCUCACCAGCCCCGAAUGCCCCCUCCCAGCCAGCCUCUGCAUGGGGUAGGAUGGAGAUGGUUUCCAAUAUCAUUUAUGAGGGACUUGAGCCCCCUUCACAACCAGCUGGGUGUUCAGGGGAUAAGGAGCCUGCAAGGAACCGACCUACCCCAGGGUCAUUGGACUCAGCCACACAGCAAGGGACCACACCAGCAGAGAAGCCUGACUCUCCCAGAUGGCCCAGCCUGGACCUGCCCCCCAUCCCACAGAGACUUGCCAGCUGUCCAGAGCCUGCCGAGGAGCCCAUCAGUCCCUACUGUGAGGCCAUGUUUGGACGUGGGCUCCCUGCCCAGGAGCAGAAGAGCACUGGGAUCCCUGCUGUGCCAGGCUGUGAAGCAGUGCCAGAGCACUUCCCAGAGCUGGAGAGAGAGAGGCUCAGGACCAGCAGCGAGUGCAGCAGCGAGGGAACAGCCGAGGAGCAUGAGAGCCGGGCCCAGCGGAUCGACUGGAUCCUCCAGAAUGACACAAAGGACUAUGCCAUGGUGGAGGCUCCCCAGGCUGAGGGCUCCCAGUUCAGCCUCCCAUCUCACCUCUACCCAGAUGAGGUCCUGGAUGACUUGACAAUCUCCCCGUACGCCAGCUACACCUUGCUGUCUGAGCGUCCACCCACCAUGCUCAGCGGCUGGCUGGACAAGCUCUCCCCGCAGGGGAAUUACGUUUUCCAGAGACGCUUCGUCAGAUUUGAUGGGAAAAACCUCAUGUACUUCCACAGCGAGAAGGAGCCGUAUCCCAAGGGUGUGAUCCCGCUCUCUGUCAUCGAGAUGGCACGUGUCACCAAGGAGAACAAGUUCCAGGUCGUCACGAGCCACAGGAUCUUUCUCUUCAGAGCUGAGAAUGAAGCUCAGAGGAAUGAGUGGUGCUCCACCUUGCAGAGGAAGGUGGCAGAGCAGCGGUUGGUCAGCCCCCAGCCCCGCUGGGCCAGCAGCACUCACUGCCAGAAGUGUGGCACCCUGGAGGUCAAGGGCCACAAGUCCAAGCUGUUCGCCGCCCUCAGCCUGUCCAACAUGUGGCUGUACAAGAACGAGCAGUUCUUUAAAAUGGGCAUUGCCAUCUGCCUGAUUGAGCUCCACGGCGCCACCAUCCGGGAGGCCAAGAACCGCAGCUUCGAGCUCAUCAGCCCGCUCAAGAUCUUCAGCUUUGUGGCCGAGUCGGAGCGGGAAAAGCGGGAGUGGAUGAAGGCGCUGCAGGAUGCCAUUGCAGAGAUGCUGUAUGACUACGAGGUGGCUGAGAAAAUCUGGUCCAACAAAGCCAACAAGUUUUGUGCUGACUGCAGAGCCCUGAGCCCCGACUGGGCAUCCAUCAACCUGUGCGUGGUGAUCUGCAAGCAGUGUGCAGGUCAGCACCGGAGCCUGGGCUCCAGCGUGUCCAAGGUGCAGAGCCUGAAACUUGACACCAGUGUCUGGAGCAAUGAGAUUGUCCAGCUGUUCAUCGUGCUGGGGAACGAGCGAGCAAACCGAUUCUGGGCCGCGCGCCUCCCACCCUCUGAGGCCCUCUACCCAGACUCCAGUGCAGAGCAGAGACAGGUCUUCAUCACUCGCAAAUACCGCGAUGGGCGGUACCGCCGCCCGCACCCCAACUACACCUCCCAGGAUGACGUGCUGCAGGCGCUCUGUGCUGCUGUGGCAGGGCCCGGCCUGCUGAAGACAAUCUUGCAGUUCUUCUCUGCCACUGAAGCCGGGAUGGCAGCUGACACAGGGGGCUGCGACAGGUCGCAGGGAACCGAGCUCUGGCAGACACCUGAGAACAGCUGGCAUGGGAACCAUCCAGGGAGCCCCAGCACACAGGAGCUGAGUUUGGAAGGGGUCUACAAUGAGAUCACCCAGCCUGUGGUGCACAGUGGCUACCUCUACAAGGUACCAGCCCUCUCCAAGCUCCCCAGCACCAGGAAGAGCAGAGAUGAAGUGCACCGUGUCUGGUGCUCCCUGGAGAAGUCUCUCCUCUUCUACGAGACUGACAAGUGUGCUGAGUCAGUGGGGAAGGUUGAGCUGGCUGACAUGGUCUCGCUAGGCGUGAGCAGAGCAGAUGGACUGGCCAGUCCUGGGCCUCCGGACAGGUUCCGCUUCACCUUGGAGCUUUUCCUGAGUGGUGACAAAGUGCAGCAGCUGGGAACUGACGGGCUGGACACCCUGCUGGCCUGGGCCAGCGCCAUUGGCAAGUGGUUCACACCGCUUAGCUGUCACUGCCUGCUGGGCUACGAGUUCCAGAGAGUGGGCCGGUUGUGCUACAGAUCCAUGCUGAGUCCUGAGCAAUGGCUGCAGGGCUUCUUCAUCCUGCAGAAAGCUCACCUGUUCUUGUGCCCAGGGGAGGAGGGCGCAGCCGAGGACAGCAUCAACCUCCGGAGGCUGCAGGAGCUCAGCGUGGUCCCCCUCACUGAGACUCCUGAGAAGAAGGAAGUGCUGAUCCUGGUGGAGAUGGGGAGGACCUUUUACCUGCAGGGGGUGACGCGGAUGGACUUCGCAGCGUGGUGCGCGGACAUCCAGGCCUCGGCGGGGGGACGGGGCAACGCCCUGCGUGACCAGCAGCUCAGUAGGAGUGAUAUCCCCAUCCUCGUGGACAGCUGCAUUGCCUUCAUCACCCAAUACGGACUGCGACAUGAAGGCAUUUACCGAAAGAACGGGGCCAAAUCCCGGAUCAAGGUGCUGAUGGAGCAGUUCCGCAGGGAUGCCCGCAAUGUCAAACUGCGCAUCAGCGACAACUUCAUUGAGGAUGUGACUGACGUGCUGAAGAGAUUCUUUCGAGAGCUUGAGGACCCCAUCUUCACCUCAGAGCUACACCCCCAGUGGAAGGAGGCUGCGGCAAUAGCCCUGAAGCCCCAGCGGCUGGAGCGCUACAAGGAGCUGAUCAACCGCCUGCCCCGCCUCAACCGCAGAACACUGGCUGCUCUGAUUGGUCACCUCUACCGCGUGCAGAAAUGUGCUGACUUCAAUCAGAUGAGCACCAAGAACCUGUCACUGCUCUUUGCUCCCAGCCUUUUCCAGACAGAUGGCAAAGGGGAGCAUGAAGUCAAGGUGAUGGAGGACCUGAUUGAUAACUACGUCCGCAUUUUCAACAUUGACGAGGACCAAGUGUCACAGAUGGAUCUAGAGAACAGCCUCAUCACCACCUGGAGGGAUGUGCAGCUCUCACAGGCUGGAGAUCUCAUCAUUGAGGUGUACCUGGAGCAGAAGCUGCCAGACUGCUGUGUCACCCUGAAGGUGUCGCCUACCAUGACUGCGGAGGAGUUGACCAAUCAGGUACUGGAGAUGCGCAACAUGCCAGCGAGCCUGGACAUCUGGCUGACCUUCGAGGCCCUGGAGAAUGGGGAGCUGGCGCGCCCCACCCCAAGGAGAGGUCCUGGAGCAGGCUCUGCAGUGGUGCAACUACCUCGAACCCAGUACCGCCUACUUGCUAGUGCCAAGCGCGACAGCCCUAAGUGUGGGGUGCUGAAGUGUCGGGAGGAGCCCCCCAAACUCCUGGGCUGCAAGUUUCAGGAGCGAUACUUCGUCAUCCAGGAUCACAAGCUGCUGCUGCUGAAGGACAAAAGGAGUGCCCGGCUGGAGCGGGAGUGGCCCCUCAACAUGGCCAAGGUUUACAUGGGGAUUCGGAAGAAGCUGAAGCCGCCGUCCCAGUGGGGAUUCACUCUGAUCCUGGACAAGCAGCAGCUGUACCUGGCGUGUACAGGGCAGGCCGAGCUGUGGGACUGGACCACCAGCAUUCUGAAGGCUCAGCAUGACGACCUGCGCCCAGUGAUCAUGAGACGGCGCUCCUCCUCCGACCUCACCAAGCAGAAGUUUGGCACCAUGCCCCUGAUCCCUCUGCGGGGAGACAAUACAGAUGCCACCAUGCUCUCUGCCAACCAGACACUGCGCCGCCUGCACACGCGAAGAACUUUGUCUAUGUUCUUUCCCAUGAAGAUGCACCAGGACUCAGUAGAGGAGCAGCAGGAGGAGGCAGUGGACACAGAGCCUGUCUACGAGGAGGUGGGUGACUUCCCAGUGCUGGCCCCACUGGGGCUGGAUGGAGGCCUCCUGGCUGAGCCGUCUCAGGUGCCUGCUGUGGACAGAUCCAAGAAGCCGGCCCUGUUCCCAGAGCAGCCUGCACCUCCAGCAUUUCACUCUGCAGGGCCCAUCAUCUCAGAGCAGAGAGCGUCUGGCGCCCACUUCACCAAGUCUCUUUCCCUUGAAAGGGGCCUGACCCUGGAGCCCGAAAAGACCCCGGAGUGGGACAGGUCCACUGGGCUCAGAGCCACUCAAACAGCCUCACUGGAGAGAAACGUGGAUCUGCCCCGCGUGCUGCCUGCCCUGGGUAGGGAGCAGAACUGGACCCGGAACCCCCCAUGCGCUGCGCUGCUGCCCCUUCCUCUGGAGCUGUCUCCCAGCUCCGAACCCCCACAGGAUGGCACCAGGAAGAGAAGUGCUCAGCUGCCCUCGCCCAUCAAUGAGAAACUCAUACAGGAGCUCAGCAGCAUCAUCCUCAAGAAGAACGAGUGCCAGGCGGACGGGCCUGGGCAGCAGGUCACGUGACCUUGCAUGGCAGGGCCAGCUGCAGGUAACAUCCUGUGAUGCCUGAGCCCUCUCUGGACACUCCUGCCUCACUCCUCAUCUGGCAUUGCCAGGGCUGGCUGCCAUGUCCCCACCUCUCCCCACCCAGAGGAGCCCAGCAAGCCACCCCAGGACAGGACACAGCAUUCAAGCCUCCAGCCCUGCCCUCCCAGGGUUCCUCCAGCUCUCCUGCCUAGGCCAGGGGGUGUCAGCUAAAGGCAGCAAGGGGGACAUCUCCAGGCGCUUGUUAGUGGGAUGCAGAAGUCGGCUCUGCCCCUUAAGGCAUUGAGCCAGAGCAGUGUCUGCCCCUAGAGCACUGCACCCACAGCAAGGGGACAUGCCAGCUCCGAAAGCUCCACAGGAGGGCAUGGGACUGGAACCUGCCCUGGGUCAUGGGCAGGGCAACUGAGGCAGGAGGAGGAGAUUGUUCUUGAGCCCAGCUCUGCAAAGCAAAAGGAAGUCACUGAGAAGGGAAAAGCAGAAACUAAAUUACAGGAAGGAGGCAAAUUUUUGCAGACGUGCAUUGUGCCUGGGUGUCUGCGUGGGAGGUGUGUGUCUGUGUCUAUCUGGGUGGCUGCAGUGUGCAUGACGUCUGUGUGGGAGGUGUAUGCGGUGGCUGUGUGUGGUUCCUGUGUCUCAGUGCCUGUGUGGGAGGUGUAUGUGAUGGUUGUGUGUGGUUCGAGUGUGCACAAUGCCUGUGCUGGCUGUGCAGGAGGUGUGUGAUGGUUGUGUGUGGUUCGAGUGUGCACAAUGCCUGUGCUGGCUGUGAAGGAAGUGUGCAAUGGCUGUGUGUGUUUCCCAUGGCACAGUGCCUGUGCCGGCUGUGCAGGAGGUGUGUGAUGGUUGUGUGUGGUUCGAGUGUGCACAAUGCCUGUGCUGGCUGUGAAGGAAGUGUGCAAUGGCUGUGUGUGUUUCCCAUGGCACAGUGCCUGUGCCGGCUGUGCAGGAGGUGUGUGAUGGUUGUGUGUGGUUCGAGUGUGCACAAUGCCUGUGCUGGCUGUGAAGGAAGUGUGCAAUGGCUGUGUGUGUUUCCUAUGG